AUGUCACCCAAGCUUGCACGGACUCGCACGACGCCCAAUCGAGCGCAUUACGAGAGGAAUAGAGCAGCCAGCCGCGCCGGUCAGGGUUCAGGUGGAUCAUCGCGGCCACCAUCAUCCAAAGGAUCGCUAGUGGAGUCGCCCAGUGAGAAGGAGGUUAGGCGGAUGAAGAGUGCGGGUGAACUGCGGAGGAACCACGCGAAUGCAUCGAACAUCGCCUCGAAGUCAGCUGCCUCGUCGCCGCAGCGAGCUGCACUGUCGGAAUACGUGACUUCCUCUUCGAGCUCGAACCUCCUGGAAGCAGUAUCUGUGCGUGACAGCCAGGCCUUGCCAAAACGUUUUGCGAGUCUCGGUGUGUCGUCCGUCUCCGCGGUGUCGGGCCCUAGCAGACCGCGGUUGGCGACGAUGGAAAGCAGCUUCUGGGACCAUACGCCUGUUGAGGAAGAUGGUGAUGUCGAAGACGAGGGUAAAACUAUACCUCGAAGAGCGACACUGUCCCGAGGUCAUCCACAGGCUCCGCAUGCGAUGGUAGACACUCAAGCCCUUGCCCAGUUACCCUCUCCGCCUCCGAAGGAUGAGACUCAGAAGAAUAGCCGAUGGGGCUUCCUCAAGAAAAUGUCGAUGGGAAAGAUGCGGUCGGAUUCCUCUCCUAGAGUGUCGAUCGUUCAGAGCAGGGGUCAUGGGCCACCAUAUGCUCGUCAACCACUCUCCAGAGCUCCUUCCACUCACCUCGCGUCCGGCAUACCCCAGAUCAAUGUUCGCAUAUCAACCACUGGCACACUGCUGAACAACGCCAAUCAUGCACUUCCUCCUCCGCCUCCACCUCCAUCAGAGAGAGUGCCCUCAAUUGUGAUGGCAGACUAUGCGGAUGUGCCUCCCCCGCUACCUCAGAAGCCGACUAUCGACGCACUCAAAAUUCCCGCAACCUUGCCGUCAUCGAGUUUACUUGUGCCCUCGCCUACACCGCGAGCUACGAAACGCCGAAGUUUCCUACCCAUCGACAUGUCGCCCAUCCCGAUACCUGCUGCUUCCAGCUUCAUACCUGGUAUUACUGCAUCGGGUAGCGCUGAAGACUUGCACGAUGCCGGGGGAGAACCGUCGCCGCCGGCUCCAGUUCCGAAGGACACGAUGGAGGAAAUCCAG